AGAUGGCGGCUCACCUCUCGUGCACCAGACACGGAGAAGUCACAGAAGAAAGCGCAAGCGGACUCGAAGAGAAGCAACAGACUGGAUGAGUUUUACUCUGAACUGACCUGUCCACCUCUCUGACGGACAACGGCACGGUAAAGCGACCGUAAAGAAGCCAUACCAGCUGCCGGGAGAGUUGAGGAGAAACCGGAACAAGUUGAGGGAGCCUGGACUCUAUUCUCGGCGUCGGUGGUGACCGAAAAUAAGACUCAACACAAGCAGGCAGCGAACUCUCACCAUGCAGCACUACGGGGUCAACGGCUAUUCUCUGCAUGCCAUGAACUCCCUCAGCGCCAUGUACAACCUGCACCAGCAGGCCGCUCAACAGGCGCAGCACGCGCCCGACUACCGGCCGUCCGUGCACGCGCUCACGCUGGCCGAGAGACUAGCAGACAUCAUCUUGGAGGCUCGCUACGGCUCUCAGCACCGCAAGCAGCGGCGGAGCCGCACGGCUUUCACCGCCCAGCAGCUGGAAGCCCUCGAGAAGACUUUCCAGAAGACCCACUACCCGGAUGUGGUGAUGAGGGAGCGGCUCGCCAUGUGCACCAAUCUGCCCGAGGCCCGCGUGCAGGUCUGGUUCAAAAACCGCAGAGCAAAGUUCCGUAAGAAGCAGCGCAGCCUCCAGAAGGAGCAGCUUCAGAAGCAGAAGGAGGUGUCGGGGGAAGGAGGCAGCGAGAAGGAUGACGCGCCUCCCGCAACCACUAUCCUCCCAGAUUCUCAGCUCCCUCCUUCAUCGUCCUCGUCCUCCUCCUCCUCCUUGGAGGCAGAAAGUGCAGUGAUUCGUCCCAUACCUCUGGACAUGGAGUUGAACGUCACCUCGGCAGAGCAUUCCGGCAGCGAGUCAGCAACCGAGGACAAUGCCACAGAUAAGGAGGAGGAGAGUAAACCUCAAAGAGAAGAGAUGAAAUGCGAGAGGGCAAUGACACCUGGCGACAUGUCCCCAGCUUGCAAGAGACUCAGCCCCAAACCAGAUUCCCCCCUGGCGUCCCCGUCCCUGACGCCAUCCUCCUCCAGCAGCAGCACCCUGGCCAAUGGUGGCCCUCUGCCCCAGAGCCACUCUUACUCCUCCUCUCCUCUCAGCCUGUUUCGUCUGCAGGAGCAGUUCCGCCAGCACAUGGCCGCCACCAACAACCUGGUGCACUACCCGGCCUUUGACCUCGCCAGCCCCUCUUCCCUUCCCUACCUGGGAAUGAAUGUUAACAUGCCCCCCGCGCCGCUAGGAUCCCUGCCCUGCCAGUCCUACUACCAGUCCCUGUCCCAUCACGCCCAGCAGGUGUGGAACAGCCCGCUGCUGCAGGCGUCCACUGCAGGCGGCCUCACCAGCCACAACAGCAAGACCACCAGCAUUGAGAACCUGCGUCUGAGGGCCAAACAGCACGCAGCCUCUCUGGGACUGGACUCACUGUCUAACUAAGAUUCUGAUUGUAUGGAGGCAAGUAAAAAACUAGGUCAGAGCCUCAUCCAUCACCUACACAUAACCGCUGCAUGUCUCUAUGACUGUGAUCAUUCUUUGGGAGCAAUUUACACACCUCUACUGAAGUGGAGGGGAAACAGAUAAAUCCAGCCAACAUAAUUUGGACCUACAGAACUCUUUUCAGCAUAUACAGACCAGUGAGCCAUUUAUUUCCUCAUACACACACAUACAUGCAUGACUGCGUUUACCAGAAUAUUGUCUAUAAUGGAGGCACUUUGGAAGGAGUCACAAUUUACUCUUGCAGGAAAGAGACUUUUUCAAUUAAACGAUGUGGUUGCAAAUACAGAAUGUACUACCUAACAGCACACUGACGAAAAAUAGACCCAAGUCAUGUUGUCUUCUGCAACAUAAUUAAAAGUGACUAAUUUACUAGUGAAGUAGGCAGUGAUAUGCUGCUUUCUACAAAGGCUGGCUGGAUGAUGAGAAAAUGAUUUCAGUGACUAAAUUGUAAAAGCUCUUAAUUACAUUUGGCCCAGGGCUGAGAGAGCUGGGGCAAAUGCAAUUAAGAUCAUGCAUACCAUUUGAAAACAGCCUUUCUAAAAGACCCUCUCAGCAAAACAACCAAUUUAGGUGGCCAGGUGAAAAAUAUCCCUUUGCCACGGCUUCAACAGUUUUCUAUGAGAAGAUGAUGAUAGAUAUUUCAGGACUUUUGGUCAGUUGUUGCUUACUCUCAUCUCGUUCUCAGCAUUCACAUCCACCUUCAUACUGUUUUUUUUUUUAAAGGAAAUUCUGUUUUCUACUGUUUCACUGAAAGUGUCUCAGACUGUAAGCACUUGAUGAAGAGAAUCACACACACCUUUGAUAUUUUCCAUUAAAACGUUCCGGAAGAUCAUGUUUUCAAAUGAAAAACGCACAUUAUUUUAAAAUAUACUGUACAAAAAAGUCUAUCUAUUAAUGUUCACUGUUAAGGUAACUGUAAAGUUUUGUUGUAUAAUUGAUAAUGGACUCAAGAAAUUCCUUUAGUUGCCACAUUGUAUUUGCCGCACUCAGCGACAGCCCUGUCUACCCUUCUUUCUUGGUUGUCUGUGUGUCGCUCCUGGUUGAAUUUAAUUUAGAAAGUUUAUACACCUUUACUUCUAGAAUAAAAGAAGCAGCUAAAGACAUUCGACUCUGGAAAACUAACGCUUUCCUUAUUUCGUUAUCAAUACCUUCUGAAAAGUAAACAAAAGUGAAUAAGAUAAUUCAGUAAAUAAUUGACCUGAGUCCUCUGUGUACCUCUGUCUUGACUGUUUAAGUUAUGUUGUUGUUUCUAAUGCUGUUCCUCUGACUGUUUAUGUCAAUCUACUUGGUUCAGUGAAGAAUAGAUUUAUAAUGGUGGUGAAGGGAGUGACUGGAGUGACAACAGUGUAGUUUCAUUUGCUCUCACCAUUAAUGUAGAUUUGAACAAGUGUUGUAUCUGCAAAUAAAAACAUUGCUUGAA